CUAACUCUUCAGUGGCGGAAACGUGUUAUUCUAUGUGAAUCAAACAUGGCUGGCUCUACACGUCAAGAAGUUAAUUUUAACAGACUUCUUCACCGUUGUGAAACAAUGGCUGAAGACAAGGAAUCUAGAGACUGGAGACUUGAAAAGUUUAUUGGAGCCCUGCAGGAUCAGCUGACUGAAAUAAAAAAGGCACACAGUCGUCCUCCACAGGAGACAUUAAGUGAAUACCAGAAAAAAGUUGACCUUUUGAAAGGUCUCAUAGCUGUGGAAAAAAUGCCUACAGGUGCAGAAAAGGUUCUGGCUACAGAGAGGCCCACAAGUAGCGCAAGUCCCAACAAUGUACCAGCCCGCCACCUGCAAAUUCGAGCCAAAGUGCUGAGCCAUGAGGAUAUGCAACAGGAACUGUUAGGGCUGCGCAACACAACUGACGUGCGGCAUCGCAGCGUGGCCAGCGCGGGCGGAGAACCCACCAGCUCCGACAUCGACAGUUUGCUGCAGCACCACCACCGCAUGCAGGAGCGGCUAGCCGAAGAGAUGCUGGCGCACGCACGCGCCCUGAAGCAGAACAUGGCGGACGCUGGGCGUGUCGUGCGCGAGGACGUCAAGAAACUGGGUGAGAGUACCCGGAGCGACACCAACUACGGCAAGCUGCAGACAGAGAGCGAGCGCCUGGAAGGUUUCACGCGCUCCUGCUCAUGGUGGGUGUGGCUCAUGCUGGUGGUCGUCGUCUUUACCUUCAUGUUCAUGGUCGUCGUGAUGAAGAUCUUUCCCAAGGGAUAAAUCUGCCCUUCCUGAGGAUCCCAGCUGCUAACCACCAACCACCAACUCCAACGGGCCCUGCGACUGCUGCGAGGGUAGUUAAGGAUGGCGUAGGACUGCGAUGCGCGUGGGCCAUCAGCGGCAAUGAACACAUUUAGGAGCCAGUGUGAUUUCCUGCAGAAGGGGAUGAUGCAGUGCAUAGACGGAAAAAAAAAGAAGGGAUAAAUAAAUGUGAACAGAGUGGAUGUUGUACACAAAAUGAAAGAACUUUUGGGUGAAGGACGGUGGCAUACUGUUGAGCUUCCAUCAUGUCAUCUCAUUUUUAAUUCACUCUUGUCUUUACUACGACCACAAAAUUCUCCUCCUGCUUCUUGCUAUUCUUCCGUUUCUUUGCUUUAUUCUUAUCUUUCUUUCUUUUGUUGUUGUAGUUCUUCUUCGUCUUUUUUCCUUCGGUCUUAUUUUCUUGUUUCUGUC